AUGCUCCUCGCCGGAGCGAGCCCCGUCGGCCGUCGCCACCGGAUCCCGCGCCGCCGGAGCCCUCCGCCGCCGCAGCGCCCGCCGGGGCCACCUCUGCCGCCGCCCGCGACCGCCCGCGUCUCCGCCGCCCCGUGCUCCGCCGUGAGCCCCGCCGGCCCUCGGUUUCCGCGCCGAGGAUCGCCUCUCCCGUCGCCGCACCUCGCCAUCCCGCCGGCGUGCGCCGCCCGCCCCGCCGCCGGUGUGCCCCGCGCCUCCCCACGCGACCUCGCCGCCCCGCCAUCUCCGACGAGUCGCCGUCCGGCUCUCCGCGGCCCCGCCUCGAUCCCAGCGCCGAGCCCCGAUCCAGGUCCGGCUGCUCAAUGGUGGGACAGCCACGGGCGUUCACUACCUGCAGGAACAACCAUCUCUUGGCCAAAUUUCCAAGCUGCCUUCUGUGCUCGCUUCAUUCCUAAGGGAAUCAUGGACAGGAAGAAGUGUGAGUUCCGUAAGCUCACCCAAGGCAACAACAAAGUUGAUUCUUAUCAGUGUGAUUUCCUGGACUUGUCGCAUUGUGCUGAAGAAGACAUCUCCACUGAUGCUCGCAGGCAGGAAAAGUUCCGCGACGGACUUCAAGCCGACAUCAAGCUAGCACUCCUUGUGCAUGACUUUGCUGAUUUUGCCACCUUGGUGAAGAAGGCCAUUCAGGUCGAAACUAGUCUGCAGGAACAUCAGGGAUCCCUCGGGCGCAACCGUGACACUGGCUCAUCUUCGGUCCCACCCUCACAGAAGCGUCGGAUAUGGAUUCCCAACAGCAUGUAUUAUCCAACUGCACCUACUCCAGGACCGUCCUAUGUUGCACCGCGUCUGCCUCCUCCACCACCUAGGCAUCCAAGACUUCCAGCUGCACCACCUCGAGCUCCUAAUCCCCGCCCCAAUGAUGGGUUGUGCUCCAAGUGUGGCCUUCCAGUUCACUGUGCCAGGGAGUGCCCUCAAAAUCAGUACUAG